GUUCCCGCAUUGCGUCCUGCGACUGCGACAGACGCCCUCCACGCAUCUCCCUACGUAAGCUACCCGCCCGUUGCAUUUCGAAUAUCGCUGCCUGUCGGCCUACCUACGACGCAUUCAAAAAGGAACCAGCAGAAUCUCAAGAUAGGCUCAUCGGGUCUUGUGAAUCCACCCAUUCCAAUCAUCAUGGCUUCCUCAUCGACGCCCAUCACCCCCUUGCUCUACUCGUGCAUAGCACACAACAAUACCAUCCUCAGCGAAUGCACGACAUCGGCCUCGUCGCAGACCUCGUCCCUCGCCUCCCUCAUCCUACCCAAGAUCGAUCACAGCAGCCCUCAGAAGCUGACCUACACCCAUGGCUCGCACCAUAUCCAUUACAUCGCCGAGGCGCCCUCAGACCACCCAGACCACCCGUCCGCCGGCGGUCUCACCUUCCUCGUCAUCGCCGAUGCCUCGUUGGGCCGCCGCAUCCCCUUCGGCUUCCUCUUCGAGAUCCGCCGCCGCUUCCUCGAGCAGUUCCCAGCCGAGUCAACCGACUACGCCGAGCUGCCAAACUAUGGCGCUGCCAGUUAUAACGGCCAGCUUAAGAAGUUCAUGGUCGACUACGGCACCACAAGCGGCGGCAAGGACGACGCCAUCUCCAAUGUCCAGCGCGAAAUCGACGACGUCCGCGGCAUUAUGACGCGCAACAUCGAGGGUCUGCUCGAGAGGGGCGAGCGCAUCGAUCUUCUUGUCGACAAGACGGACCGUCUCGGUGGCAGCGCCCGCGAAUUCCGCGUCCGCAGCCGCGGCCUGAAGCGCAAGAUGUGGUGGAAGAACGUCAAGCUCAUGGCGCUGCUGACGCUUGUUGUCGUGCUGAUUGUCCUUGCGAUUGUAAUUGCGGUGAAAAACUGAUCAGGGAACGGUGCGCCGGGGCCCGGCCUGACCCUUCGCGACUU